AUGCCCAAGCGCCUCUCGUCGUCGACCAGCACCAAGCACCCGCGCCCUCGCCUCCCGCCCCGCACCUCGUCCCUCUCGACCAAGCUCCCGCGCGACCUCGAGCGCUUCCUCGCCCUGUACCCGCACCCGGCCUUUGCCCUCCGCGCCUCGUCCCUGUACGACGCCCUCGUCGGCCGCAAGGAGCCCCACGCGCCCCGACCCGUCGACCUCGCCGGCGCAGGGGCCGGCGCCGUCCCCUCGUACGGCGGGCCCGGCGCCACCACGGCCGCCACGGGCUCGAGGCGCCAGGCCAACAAGCCGGGCCUGUCGAGCCAGGAGCAGUACGAGGGCGGGGUCGACCCCGACUCGACGCCGAGCCCCGUGUCGGACGAUGAAGACGACGAGUCGCCGCCGAGCACGAGGGCGCCGAGCGCCGCCGCCGCGCCCGCCGCGACUGUCCGGUCCGGCGAGACAGACGCGUCGCACAGCAGCGGCGCCGACACCGACUCCUCGUCGCUCGGGCCCUCGGCGUCCCAAGUCGCGUCGCCCAAACUGCGCUCGCCAGCGCUCGACGGCUCGCCGGGCCCGGCCGCCCACGCCCGUCUCGGCCGCUACUCGAUCGCCAACUCGCUCGCGGGCUCGAGCCUGUCCAAGGUGCACUCGUCGGCCUCGGGCACGUCGCAGCGUCGCGCCGCCGACGCGGGCGACAACCCGCGCGCGCACGCCCGCGCAGAGCGCAUCCUCGCCUCGGCGUUCGACUCGGGCGCGGCGAGCGGCGCGUCGGGCUCGGGCUCGCGCGGCGCCGACGGCCGCAAGCAGCGCGCGCCGCGCGGGUCGUACCUCGAGGGCGGCGCGCAAAAAUCGCACGACCCGAGCCGGACGGCCGAGGGCGCCGUCAAGGCCAUGUACGAGCAGCGCGAGCGACAGGAGCAGGACGACAAGGACGAGGAGGAGGCGACCGCCGAGCGCGAGAGCGGACUCGAGGCCGAGCGGCUUGUGCGGGAGCAGGACGAGUUUGAGGCGAGGGACCGGUGGAGCGGCAGGAGGGCCGAGGAGUCGCAGGGGAGCGGACUGGGCGGCAGUGGGUCGAAUGAGUCGGGCUCGACGCAGGGCAACGGCAGCGGCGGCGUGCCGGCAGUGCCGGGCGGGCUCGGGCUCAGGGACCUCUUGACGCCCGUGUGGCGGAACGGCAAGUGGCGCGAGAUGAUGGCCGUGCGCGACGCCGACGGCACCACGACCUCGGCGGGCAACACGCCCAAGGAGCGCGACACGGGCGUCUUUGCCAAGGCCAACGGCGAGCACGACGACGGCUACGCCAACACCGACGACAACGAGCUCGAGCUCCUGUCGCUCCUGUCGCGCGCCGACCUCCAGGAGUGCCUCGCCAUGUUCGCCAACGUCGUCGCGCCCCUGCACCCGAACAACGAGUCCGAGACGGCCCGCCAGGCCUCGGUCCCGCUCGCCCAGCUCGACCACACCGUCCUCCUCGAGCUCCACUUCCCCGAGUCGUCCAUCUACCGCCACCCGCCCGGCUCGAGCUUCCACCACCGCCACACGUUCGCCGACUCGGGCCGCGCCCACGGCUCGAGGGGCCCGCACGCCGGCUCGGGCUCGGUCAUCUCGUCGGCCGCAGGCUCGGGCUCGACGACCACGUCCGGGUCGACCGCCCAGAGCGCGUCGUCGCGCCGCAGCAUCGGCCGGCGCGGGCCCGCCGGCGCCCCGUCAACGAUCCCGAUCCUGCCCCGCAACCUUCCCUCGAAACGCGCCCUCCCGAUUUACUCGCCCCAGAACGCCUACGACCACGACGAGUCGUCCCAGUCGUCGUCGCCGUUCCCCGCCGGCCCGUACGACGCGACCACCUCGUCGUCCCGCUCCGACCUCGCGCCGCCGCCCAACCAGAACCCGGCCGUCGAGGCCGCGCAUCGCGGCGUCGGCCAGAUCGCCGACACGCUCUUCCCGUUCCUCCAGGUCGUCGCGACGCUCCAGCCCGACACGGACCUCGUCAUCUGCACCGCCAUCCUCGCCAACAUGCCGCUCCCCGUCACGGUGACGGGCAGCCCGGAGAAGGCCGACAAGGCCGAGGUGCGCCGCGACAAGCGCGUCGCGCGCGCAAAGGCGUCGGCCAAGCGCGAGCGCGAGCGCGAGAGCCGCGACGAGUUGGAGAAGGCGGCCGAGGCCGGGCGGCGACAGCGCCGCGACGAGCACAAGGUGCGUGCGUCCGACACGGACCGCGACGGGACGUCGUCGCCGCCGCAUCCUUCGCCCGUCAAGCCCAACGUCGACCUGCCGCCGCCGUCGCCGUCGCCCUCGACAGCGGCCGGCCGGGACCUGCCGCCGCCGGCCCGCCCCCUUUCCCUGUCGCUCCCGCCCCAGCCCUCGUUCGGCUCGCCGUCGCCCUUCCCUGACGGGUACAAGCCGUCGCGCCCGCCGCUCACGCAGCGCAGCACGUCGUACUCGUCCAUCUCGGGCGCGUCGUCCGGCGGCUCGACCGUCGUCGGCCGCCCGUCGGGCACGACGUCGACGCCCGAGAACCGCUCACCCCGCGACCGCUCGAGCGAGCGCUUCGGUGAGUCGGGGCCGCAGGGCGGCAGCAGCAGCAGCCGCCGGCACUCGUCGACGAGGACGGUCAAGGCGACGUCGUCGGCGCCGUCGUCUCGGCGCGGCUCGCACGACCGCGGCCUGUCGCCCUCGUCACGCGACGUCUCAUCGUCCGCCGCCUCGAUCCCGGCCGGCCUCGGCCCGCCCUCGCCGCAGCCGCCGCAGCACUACGCCGAGCCGACGUACGCGUUCGGGAGCGCGCCGCUCCAGACGCCGAGCGUGUCGGACGAGCUCAAGGAGCUGUGGGUCGACAACGCGCACCGCAACGGCCGCCCGAACGAGCUCCCGCGCGGCUUCGUCCAGGAGAAGGAGUCGCGCGCGGCGGUCCGGCGUCGGGCGGGCGCCGCCAAGGAGAAGCGCCGCUCGGACGAGCGCGCGGCCGGCAUGGGCGAGUCGGACAACGACAUCCGCGAGCGCGAGCGGCGGCGGCAGAGCAAGAAGCGGGACAAGGAGUGGAGGAGGGAGCAGGACGAGCGGGACCGGGGCCACGAGGGCCUCGGCGACCUCGCCGAGCAGGACGAGCCGGCCGAGGGCGACGACGACCCCGCCCGCAAGGGCGACGCGUACGACGACGUGCUCGGCUUUGACGAGGAGGACACGGAGGAGGAGGGCGAGGGCGAGGGGACCGACGGCGAGCCCGUCGAGGGCGAGACGGACACGGACGAGAUGGCGCGCCUGCGUGUCCGCAUGCGGACGGGCUCGACGAGCUCGGACGGCUCGGCGCACGAGCGCGAGCAGGCGCACGCCGAGGCGCACCGUGCCCAGGCGCAGCAAGAAGCCGAGCAGCGCCGACGCGACCUCGACGCCGAGAAGCGCGCCCUGUCGAGCGUCAAGACCCGCAGCGACUCGGGCGACGACCGCCGCUCGCUCGUCGCUCACGAGGAGCCCCAGCUCGAGCGCCGCAGCCUCCGCGACGCCGAGCUCGACGAGCGCCUCCUCCAGCAGGAGCUCGACCGGCCCGAGGACGAGUCGCGCCUCGUGCUCGAGUCGCCCGCUCGCGGCAUCGCCGACCCCGACGCCUCCUCGUCGACUGGCAGCUCGUCCGACGCCGAGUCGAUGUACGGGCUCGGCCUCACCGACGGGCCGUCGUCGGCGUCCAACGACGAGGGCGUCGACGGGCAGGGCAACGCGCUCGUGCGCGUGUACGGCGACCCGUUCCUCGACACGGUCGCACAGACGGCGUGCGGCCGCGUCAUCCUGAGCGUCGACUGGGCCGCAACCUCGCUCGGUGACAUCCGGUCGUGGAACGGCGAGCUGCGCUCGCACGUCAUGGCCAUCCUCGCGUCGCCGUUCCACACGGCCCUGUGGAUGGGCGCCGACAACGUCCUCAUCUACAAUGACGCGUACGCGCGCCUGCUCGGCCCGAGCAAGCACCCGGCCGUCCUCGGCAAGAGCGGCGCCGAGGGCUGGAGCGAGCUGUGGGACGUCCUCGGCCCGCUCGCGAGCCAGGUCUUCAGCGGCAGGACGCUCAGCUUCUCGGACCACUGCAACUGCAUCAUGCGCAACGGCAUGCUCGAGGAGACGUAUCACUCGUGGGCCUACAUCACGAUCCGCGACUCUCAAUCUCGCAUCAUGGGCUACGUCAACCCGUCGUUCGAGACGACGGCUCGCGUCAUCGCCGAGCGCCGCCUCGGCACCCUGCGCGAGCUCACGCAGCUCACGCAGCUCGCGAGAACGCUCAAGGACUUUUGUGCCAAAGCGCUUCGAGGCCUGUCGGGCAACGCGCUCGACGUCCCGUUCGCCAUCCUGUACACGUGCGAGGCGGUCGCGACCUCACCAGGCCGCCGCACCAAGGGCGAGGGCUCGACGACCGACUCGGGUGCGACACGUCGGCAAGGGCGCUCGAACGACUCGACUGGCGGGCGCAUGUCGAGCGGCGCGAGGGCGAGCAGGCCGAGCGAGUCGACGACCCAGACUGGCGCCGAGGCGUCGCCGACGAUCGCCCGCAUGCGCCUCACGAUGCAGGGCAGCAUCGGCGUCCCGACCGACCACCCGUCUGCGGUCGACGAGGUGACCGUCCUCCUCGACACGGCCAUGAUGCAGGACGGGCCCGCACGGUCCUCGGUCUCGUCCGUCUCGUCGGCGAGCGGCACCAACUCGACGACCGAGGACAACUCGUCGUCGACCGUGUGGCCCUUCAUCGAGGCGCUCCAGACGCGCAAGCCCGUCUUCAUCAGCGAGCUCGGCGACCGCACCAAGGGCUUCCCGCACCGAGGCUGGCCCGACGAGGUCCGCCGCGCCGUCCUCAUGCCCAUCAUCACCGAGGGCUCGUCGUUGCCCAAGGCGCUCCUCAUCGUCGGCCUCAACCCUCGUCGCCCGUUCAACGCCGUCAUGGCCCAGUUCUUCAACCUCGUCAGCCGCACCCUGUCGACCGGCCUGCUCGGGAUCGAGGUCGCCGAGGAGCAGGCCCGCAAGAGCCGCGAGCUCUCCGAGCUCAACGACGCCCGCCAGGCCUUCUUCGCCAACAUCUCGCACGAAUUGCGCACGCCCCUCACGCUCAUCCUCGGCCCGCUCGAGGACGUCCUGUUGUCCAAGUCGGCGACGCUCGACGCCGAGGACCGCGACCGCCUCGAGGUCGUCCAGCGCAACGCCCACCGUCUCCUCAACAUGGUCAACACGCUCCUCGACUUUAGCCGGCUCGAGAGCGGCAAGAUGAACACGACCUACCGCCCGACGCUCCUCGGCCCGAGGACGGCCGACCUCGCCGCCCUGUUCCGCUCGGCCAUCGAGCGCGGCGGCAUCGAGUACAACGUCGAGAUCGACGACGACAAGUGGGCCAAGUCGUCCCAGUUCUACCUGUCGGACGAAGUGUGGGAGAAGGUCAUCUUUAACCUCAUCGGGAACGCAUUCAAGUACACACCGCCGAAGCCGGGCGCACGCGUCACGGUCAAGGUCUCGUUCACGGCCAAGGAGGGCAUCGUCUCGGUCGCCGACACGGGCGUCGGCAUCAACGACGCCGACAUGAGCCGUAUCUUUGACCGGUUCCACCGCGUCGACUCGGCGGCGAGGUCGUUCGAGGGAACCGGCAUCGGCCUGUCGCUCGUCCUCGAGCUCGUCAAGGCGCUCGGCGGCACCAUCACGGUCCAGUCCAAGGUCGACGAGGGCAGCACGUUCACGGUCCGCCUGCCACGCGGUCACGCCCACCUCGAAGACGAGGUCGUUAAUCACGAGCCGUACGAGAUGAUCCAGCUUCCGCCGCGUGCAGCCCAGUCGCUCGCCAUCAUCAACGACGCGGCGUCCUGGCGCGUCGACGGCGAGGGCAAGUCGCCCCCGUCAAGCGACCCGGGCCCGUCGAACGAGAAGCGGGUCGUCACCGGUGGCGGCGCAGGCCGGCCCGCCUCGGACGUCGAGCAGCUCCCGAGUGUGUUCAACCUCGAGAAGUCCAAGACGGUCUGCCUCGUCGUCGACGACAAUGCGCAGCUGCGCUCGUUCAUCGGCAAGACGCUGUCCAAGUCGUUCGCCGUCGUCGAAAAGUCGAACGGCAAGGAGGCGUUCGAGUACGCCAAGGCGCACCCCGAGGUCUCGAUCGUCGUGACCGACCUCGCCAUGCCCGUCAUGAGCGGCCGCGAGCUCCUCGCCGCCCUGCGCCAGCACCCCGAGACGUCCCUCGUCCCGGUCAUCUUCCUGUCGGCCCAAGCCGGGUCCGAGGCUCGCGUCGACGCCCUCCUCCUCGGCGCCGACGACUACAUCGUCAAGCCGUUCCAGGCGCGCGAGCUCCUCGCCCGCGUCAACGUCCACCUGCAGCUCGGCCACAUGCGCAAGGAGCUCGAGCGGCGCGUGACGGAGCGCACGGCGGCCCUCAUCGAGAGCGAGAAGAAGCUCAAGGAGCUCGCCGAGCAGCACCAGACGCUCGCGCUCGUCUCGCCCGUCGGCAUCUUCCAGUGCGACACCGAGGGCAAGAUGGUCUUCGUCAACCCGCGGUACUUCGAGAUCUCGCAGCACCCGACCGACGCGCCUCUCGACCAGUUCGACGCCGACAUUCACCCCGAGGACGUCGAGCGCGUGCGCACCCAGUGGCACGACGCCAUCGCCAACUGGCGCGCCGACAAGCCCGUGUCGACGUUCGAGUACCGGUACAAGGCGGGCAACUGGGCCCAGCUCGAGGUCCGCUCGUUCGACAAGGGCUACAUCGGCUCGAUCACCGACAUCUCGCACCAGAAGGAGGUCGAGGCGUUCCACAUCCGCGAGGUCGAGCAACGCGCGCAAGAGGCCGAGGAGAACCGGCGCAACACCGAGAUCUUCCUCGACAUGUCGUCACACGAGCUCCGCAACCCGCUCAGCGGCGUGUGGCAGAACGCCGAGGUCGUCGGCGGCUCGCUCGAGAAGUUUGUCGAGUUCCUCGACGAGCUGCGCCACCAGCCCGAGGUGCCGCUCGACAGCGCCACGGUCGAGGAGCUCCACGGCGAGAUGCUCGAGAACGUCGAGGCGAUCGAGUCGAUCAUGUUGUGCGCCAGCCACCAGACGCGCAUCGCCGACGACAUCCUCAACGUGUCGAAGCUCAACAUGGGCCUGCUCACCAUCAACGUCGCCCCGUUCGACCUCGUCGCAGCGGUGCGCGAGGUUGUCAAGACGUUCGAGGUCCAGAGCCACCAGCAGCAGAUCAAGCUCGCCGUCGAGAAGGGCCCGUCGCUGUCGAAGCUCGCCGUCGACUGGAUCGUCGCCGACUCGGGCCGCAUCAAGCAGGUCACGUACAACUUUCUCACCAACGCGCUCAAGUACACGGUCGACUCGACGCGCAAGACGGUCACGGUCCACGUCGACGUGUACGACGGCCCGCCGCCGACGCCGUCCAACGCGAUGCGCAUCACGUCGCCCGACCAGUCGUUCGAGCCGCCCGAGGACUGCGUGUGGUGCGUCGUCGGCAUCGAGGACUCGGGCAAGGGCCUGAGCGCCGAGCAGCUCAAGCUCCUGUUCGCGCGGUUCUCGCAGGCCAACCCCAAGAGCGACCAGUACGGCGGGUCCGGGCUCGGCCUGUACGUCAGCAAGAAGCUCGUCGAGCUCCACCGCGGCUUCAUCGAGGUCGAGUCGCAGCUCGGUCGAGGUUCGACCUUCCGGUUCGCUAUCCCGGCGCCCAGGACGACGCCGCCUCCUGUCGACGAGGCCAAGCUCAAGUCGCCGACCCCGACCCUCGGUGCCGGCGGCGUGCGGUCCAUGCGCCCGACAAGCGCCGGCGGCCGUCCCGCCCUCGCAACCUUCAGCAGCACUUCCUCUGCCUCCUCCGUCCUCCUCGCCCCCUUCUCCCUCCUCAUCGUGGACGACAACGCCAUCAACCGCUCUGUCAUGAAGCGUCAGCUCAAGCUGCAGAACUUCGAGGUGACGACGGCGAGCGAUGGCCAGGAGGCGCUCGACAUCCUCAUGAAGGACGCCGCCCUCGCGGCCGCAGCGGGCGCCGACGCCGACGAGGCGCACAACCCGAUCCGCUGCGUCCUCAUGGACAUCGAGAUGCCCGUCAUGGACGGCAUGAGCGCCGUGCGCGAGCUGCGUCGGCGCGAGAAGGCCGGCGAGAUCAGCCGUCGCUACCCUGUGUGCGCCGUGACGGGCAAUGCGCGCGACGCGCAGAAGCGCGAGUGCCUCGCCGCCGGAUUCGACGACAUCGCGACCAAGCCGUACCGCCUCACCGAGCUGCUGCAGCAGGUCAGCGCGUUGACGGGCCUGCCGCUCCCUGCGCCCAAGUGAUCCCCCUCGUCGUCGACUCUCAU